CGAGCAGUGUGAGAGGCGCCGUCGGAGAGUCUGGUCGCGCGUGUUCUUAGACAAAUACAAGUCGUUAGCAGUUAGAUAAGGGAAGAACAUAUCGAAUGCAAACGGCCAGUGCAUGUUUGCAUUUGCUGCCUCCUCGAGAAGCGCUUGUGUGCAGAGGGAAGCGAGGAGCAACGAUGACUUGGACGACUGUGGUGAUGACGCUCGUGCUGCCGAUGGUGAUCCGAGGCUGCGAGGUGACGACGCUUGGAACUCUUCUCGAAGAACCUCUGCAGAAGAACGGAGAUUCGUGGACAGUCAGCGUGGGCGUGAAACCGAACCACGAACAGGACUGGCAGUUGGGGCUACUCCUGACAGUCAAAAAUGACCUCCGAGCGACGCCUGUCAUGAACGUGACACUAAAUCACGAGUCGGAUUUUCGGGUAAUACGACUCCACGGCCAUAUUGGUCGAGAGGAAAUCACUGGCGAUGACUUACCUUCCAUGCCGAGGGACCUGUCCUUCAGAAUCUAUGUCACAGUCAG